CGUGAAUAUUAGGGGUAGUCUUAUUCUCAGACUAACAGGCGCCAACCGACUAGCAUUGUGCGUGUUUUAACCCUCCACAACAACAACAACCAGCGUCUGUCUCUAUCUCUCUGAAACAUCGACGAAAAGAAGGCGGAGUAAAAAUAUAUGUCGAUCUUACAUCCAUCUCUGAACAUGAAAGGCGGCCCCUUUGAGGCGCCGGGCACCUCUUCCUCCGCUUCCAACAAGGACCGGAAUAUUCAAUCAGUGGAACAGCUCGUUCUUGACCUGUGCAACCCUGAUCUCCGCGAAAAUUCACUUCUCGAACUUUCCAAGAAGAGAGAACUGUUUCAAGAUUUGGCUCCGUUGCUGUGGAACUCCUUUGGUACAAUUGCUGCUCUUCUACAGGAAAUAGUUUCUAUUUACCCAGUGUUAUCACCACCAAAUCUAACUCCUGGGCAAUCAAACAGGGUUUGCAAUGCACUUGCCCUUCUUCAAUGUGUGGCCUCACAUCCAGAUACAAGAAUGUUGUUCCUCAAUGCUCACAUUCCUCUGUACCUGUAUCCUUUUCUUAAUACAACCAGCAAAUCUCGCCCAUUUGAGUACUUGAGGCUUACAAGUCUAGGAGUCAUUGGUGCUCUGGUGAAGGUUGACGACUGUGAAGUUAUCAGUUUCCUUCUCUUUACUGAAAUAAUUCCCUUGUGCUUGCGUACAAUGGAGAUGGGAAGUGAACUAUCAAAAACAGUAGCAACAUUUAUUGUGCAGAAAAUUUUGCUUGAUGACAUGGGAUUAGAUUACAUAUGCACUACAGCAGAGCGGUUCUUUGCUGUAUCUAGGGUCUUGACAAACAUGGUUAUUGCACUUGCUGAACAGCCUUCUUCACGGCUAUUAAAGCACAUUAUUAGGUGCUACCUUCGAUUGUCUGACAAUCUAAGAGCUUGUGAUGCACUCAGAACUUGUCUGCCUGAAAUGCUCAGAGAUGGAACAUUUAGCAGCUGCCUUCUUGAAGAUCCAACUACGAGAAGGUGGUUACAACAAUUGCUUCAUAAUGUGCAAGCGCCUCGUGUAGCCAUUCAAGCAGGAGGUGGAUUUGAUAUCAUUAGUCAUGUUACCUAGAUAUUUACUCAAGACUUACAGGCGGUUUUUGAAGAUUACAGGCAGUUCUGGCUUUUGCCUCAUACAGUAGGCUAUUACCACCGAUUUUUGUUAGAAUAAUACUGGACAAGUCUUGCUUUGACUAGGAAGUUCGGGUUUAAUCUUUGGAGAAAUCGUCUUUUGAGAUUGUUUCGGUAAAAACUAAAAAGACAAAUAUUGUAUCAUGUAUCUAGAAAAGUUUGUCUUACUAAAAAAGGUCUCAAGAUAGUCUGGGAAAAUUUCAUCAUUAAAGGUACCGUGCGCGUUAGGAAAUGCCUCCUAUUUUUUGGGGUGUGAGGUAAGGAGACAAAUUUUAAAGAUGCAUUCGAGCAUGAAAUUUUUAGUUUUCAAA